CUGUGGGAGCACCUGGUAUAAAUUGGAGUGCAGCUUCACUUUAGUGUAGCCAGUUACCAGACCCUUGUUCCCUUUGCAGUGUGCUGUGUAUCAGGUGGAGAACUUGCUCCCCACACCUCUCCUUGUGAGUGCUUGCAUUUUCCUUCAAUUGUAUGGGUGGCACAGAGUUAGAAACAUGUACUCCUACCAUCUUGGAAAAUUUGAAAGAAUGGCUGCAGGGACCUUGGGUUUUAGCGAAUUUGUCACCCCGCUCCGUGAUUCAGAAAAUAGCUUUGAGAGUGUUUUGUUUUCCCUGCUCCUGCAACUCCAGAGUGGGGACCUUUCCCGUGUGAUCUUGCGUGAGGUUUACCUGUCUUGGCUGGAUGCCUGGGAUCCAGCUGCUCAGUCAGUCAUUCUUGUUUACACUAUUAGCUUUCUGUUUCUGUUCAUUUCCCUUUACACUCUCUUGACCCUGGUGGAAGGACUAACAGCUUUUUUGCUUCUAAAGCCACGUGCUUGGUGGUGACUGGGAAUGGCCGAACCUGGGUGGGAAACUCUGAGUUUGCCGAAUCUUCGUUGAGGUCUGUGGAAUAGACCCUCCAGGAGCAUGCAAGUCACUCUGUCAUCUUCCUUUUUUUGAGAUCUCCAUUGGAGGAAGAGUCAUUUGAUUACCAGGGAAGUCUUUGGAGCUGGAGGUUGAAGAAAUAUGGAUACCAACCACAAGUCGACCAUCAGCAUUGUUUGCACCAGCUUUUUCGUCUUUCAGCUUCUUUUCCACUUUGUAAGUUACUGGUUUUCAGCAAAAGUUUCUCCAGGUUUUAACAGCCUCAGCUUCGAAAAGAAGAUUGAAUGGAACUCAAGGAUAGUAUCUACAUGCCAUUCUUUGGUGGUUGGGAUUUUUGGCCUAUACAUUUUCUUAUUCGAUGAAGCUACUCAGGCUGAUCCACUUUGGGGUGAUCCAUCACUUGUGAAGGUGAAUAUUGCUAUUGCUUCAGGCUACCUCAUGUCUGAUUUGUUGAUCCUCAUUUUAUAUUGGAAAAUAAUUGGUGACAAAUUUUUUAUAAUCCACCAUUGUGCAGCAAUUUAUGCAUACUUCUUUGUACUGCUAUGCAGUGUUCCUUCAGAACUUGGGACCUGGGAGAACGCUGUCCUGACAUGCUGCUGUUCUGUGUUGACCAUCCAGAGAGACGGAGUGCUGGCCUACAUUGGGAAUUUUCGCCUGCUCGCGGAGCUUUCCAGCCCUUUUGUGAAUCAGCGGUGGUUCUUUGAGGUCCUGAAGUAUCCUAAGUUUUCCAAAGCUAACGUCAUCAAUGGAAUACUCAUGACUCUGGUGUUCUUCUUCGUACGCAUUGCCACGAUACCACCUAUGUAUGGCUUCAUGUAUUCCGUGUAUGGAACAGAACCCUACGAAAGACUUGGAGCAUUAAUACAGUUCACUUGGAUCUCUACUUGUCUUGUUUUGGAUGUGAUGAAUGUCAUGUGGAUGAUCAAAAUUUCAAAAGGCUGCAUCAAAGUCAUCUCUCUUAUCAGACAAGAGAAAGCCAGAAAUAAUCUUCAGAAUGGAAAACUCGACUAAAGGUGUGCUUUCUCGGGCACCUUUGUUUAGAUAAGCAGUUCUUAUUACUGCCCAGCCUUAUCUCUGCUGAUAGGAUGAAUUCUUGGCAUGUUCUUAAUGCUUCUUUAUUAAUAUAAGUGUUAUUCAGGGUUUCAGUGUCUUUUUUCUUUUUUACCUUUAGAAAAGAGAAACUAACAUUUAGUUUUCAUUCCAAGGUAAUUUUUUUUUCUUUUCUCCUGUAUUAGCAUGGAUAAAACCUUAAAGGUUUAAAUAAAAAUUAUAUAGUGGUGAAGCUUUUCAGAAAUCUCUUAACCCAUAUUGGUAUUUUUCUCUGUGGAAAGAUAACUUGGUGUACUUGGUGUGUGUCACCAGUUUUCCUGAAAGAAUGAGAAUUUCUUUUAAAUCUACAAAUAGUUGUUAACAUUUGCUUACUGCAGUCUUUUCUUACUCUGGCUGUCAACACCUAUAGAGGGGUUAAUUUUUAAAUUGUUGACAUGUCCUUUUCCUAGGCUAUUUCAAGUGAUACAUUUUUUUUUUCAUUUCAGAUAUGCAAUCAUCCAUUAGUCAUGAAGUAUUUUACUUGGGAAUAUUUCAUUAGUUUAGUCAUGGAAAAAACUUUCUGUGUUCAAGAUUUUUCAGAUGUCAUUUUCUUAUUUAUGUUUUUAGCUUCUUAAGAAAUUAUUGCAUUUUUUUUCUUUUGUAAGGCUUAAGCCAUCCAUGGACCUCCUUAAAAGAUGGAUUUCUUCCUCUAAAAACGCAUGCUGUUAGAUGAUGAUGUAGGCUAACAGGAGGAAUCAUUAAGAAAAAAGCUUUAACACUGCUGUCCUUAUACGCUUCCCUUGCACUCUUUCUAUGAGAAGUAUUUUGAUUUGCAAAAUCUCUCUUAUGUUCAGAUCUAACAUCAUCAGUAUCAGAGUCUUAUGAAGUACGUAUUCAUCAUGCUCCUAUGCCUCUUGGUGAGACCAAACUACAAAAAAGAAAAAUCAGUGUUCAUAUUUUACUCAGAGUUUACACCCAAUCUUGCUUGGCCUUUUGAGUACUUUGAAUAACAGAAAUAGGUAAUCCAAGUAUUCUUAUCAAAAUUAUUGUCGGUAUAUGAAGGUAAAUGGUAACUCUGGUUUGAGGUGUGUGUGUGUGUGUGUGUGUGCGUGUGUGUGUGUUUACUUUAGUUCCUGCAAUCCAAUAGAUAACUAUAUAUUAAGUUAUUAUCACCUUUAUUUAUUUUUCUCAAAUACUUGACCUUAUUGAUUGUUCUUAUCUAAGAAGAAAAGAAAUUUAAAUCGGUCACUGGUGAAUACUUGAACCCAGACCAAAAGAUCUGAUCCAUUGAGUUGCUCAGUCUGAAGGUGAGUGUUUGACUCAUGUUCAGGGUUGGGUUGUGCUGUGGUGAUGAAGGGAAGCUAGCCAAAUCUGAGAGGACUUCAGAAGUUCACAUAAACCCAAUGAAAAUAUGUUCAUUUUUGUGUAAACACUUUUGAAAUCCAGUCAUAGUUUUUUCAUCCUCCACAUUUUCCCCAAGUCUCUUGAAGCCCUCAUGCAUGAGGAUGGCUUUGGAUUUGAUUUGAUUGUCCAGUACAGAUAGAGCCUAUUAAGUUUUAGAACAUUUAAAGAUGGGAAUUAAAAUCUUAGUCAAUAAAUGGUAAAAUGAGAUUGAUUGAUUUGCCCUAGGUACAUUUAUUUUUGAAGGACUUCAUUAAAGUAAUGUAAAGUAGAGAUAUUUGUCUUGAAAGCAGAUAGUGUUACAUUGAUAAUUUGUUAUUAAAUUUAGUGUUGUCUCCAUCAGAAGUACUUAAAUACGUAUUGGUUGUCUAGAGAGGGGAGGAAAGCAAGUUAUUUUAUCUUGUUCUUGCUCUUUUGCAAGAAAAAGGUGGAUUUAUAAAAAAAGGAAAACAUUUAUAUUAUAAAAGUAUUUUGAAAAUUCACUCCUUUAGAAAGAAAUAAACCUUGAAAUAAAUAUUUUUGACUCUUCAGAUAUUUCUAUAGUUUUGGACACAGAUUUUAAACCCACCAUCAAUGUUAUGAAAAUAUACAGCUGUGAUAAUAGUGUCUUCAUAUAGCAGUUCCAGAAGUUGCUGUUUCAUGUUUCAAAGUUCAGUUUGACUUUUAUUGACAUUACCUUUCAUUGGCAUAACUGCUCAUUAUCAAGUAUAUUUAGAACAUCAGAGUUUUGAGCUAAGGUUUGUUAUUCCCUAACUCAGCAAUCCUUAUGUUGGCUACAUGACAGUUAAUGCAACAUCCAGAUUUGUAUCCAAAAGUAGGUUCUGUGUACUUCCUUAUACAACAGACAUGAAAUGCAAACGCCAGCGUGACCUGCCAUGCUUCUUGAAGUCAGAUCUCUGAAGGAGCGACGCUUUGGUGUCUGUGAUUGUCUCCUCCUAACUAAAAUACAAAUGAACACAUGACAUAUCAUUGUUAAAUGAUGCAUUUUUCAUUUAUUAAAUGACAAACUUUUUGCUAGACAUUUUCGAGAUUAAGUAUUUUGACUACAUGGAUAUUUAAAUGAUUCUAUUAGGCAUUCUGAUACUUAGAUCUAUCAAAAUAUUUAUAGAAAACAAAAGCAAAUUGAUAUAAAUUUUUAAGCAAUUCUAUUUUUGUACAAAAGAUUAGUGACAACCUGUAAUUAUAAAAAUGUUCUUUGAAUGUGUAGUAUUCUAGAAAAAUAAAAUUUCUUGGGAAAUUUAAAAAUUGAAUGAAAACCAGGCAUGCAAGAUCACAGAUCCUGCUUUAAAUAUUUUGGGAGAAUUUAAAAAUUAUGGGCUUGAGCUUAUAGAGUUUGCAUUCUUGAGUAGGGAAUCUCUUAUAGGAUGGUUUUCAUUCACUUAAAACUCAAAAAGAGGUUAUAUGUGAGUACAAAGAAAUUAAUGCCUGCCUACUUUGUUUCGAUACCUUAUAGUAAGUUGGAAUUAAGUUUUUAUUCCUACUGUUUAAUUUUGUUAUUUCAUGGAUGAGCUCUAUGUUACGAGAUGUUAUCAUCCCUGAAGGACUCAUAUCUAUCAUAGAUGGCCCAGUACAGUCUUACAGUUCUAGUUUUAGAAGCCGCCUAGUGUAUAGGUGUUUGAAUCAAAUUCUCUUAAGUUCAGUGAUCUGUUUGGCUGACAUGUGUGCUCAUGUGUCAGUUAUUAAAUUGUAGAUUUUCUCUGAGGUGCGCAGGGCAUCUGGAGGAAGAUUCCCUGGUGUGAAGAACUGGCUGUACUGUUGGUGGCGUCAUGUGUUAUGCAUUUGGAGAAGUGCAGGGGAAGAUACUGUCGUACAUGUUUCUUCUGUUGCGUCUUUCAGUAGACAUGUUUCAAAAGAUGCAAUUAAAAUAAAUAUUUGAACAAAUUUCUGUUUCUAGGUUGCAUUUGAAUUGGCUUUCAGGGGUUUAGUCUGUUGGAUGAAAUUGCCAUAAUCCAUAUAUUCCUUGACAUAUCCUCAAGCAUACUUCAUAACAGUUUAUGAGUUUCUAUGUGUUUUGGAUUCCCUAAGAAACAAACUCGUGUAAUUUUAUCAGAAGAGUGGCCCUGUGUUUCUCAGCAGCUCCAGGCCAGCUCAGCAGUGAGACUCCUGUCCUCAGAGCUCCAGUGUGCACGCACCGCCCCAGCAUAACCACAGCUGGCUGACAGCAGGCACACUUGGCUAACGCAAGUGAAUUCUGAUGCAAAACACAUGUGAGGGGUGUAGGCGCCAGAAAAGCCUGCAGAACCUGGAGUUGGAGAAGACACGGAGACUGCUUUCCCCUUCAAAGCCAUGAUUGUCCUCCCUCGAUCUCGAAAUCUUCUUUCUGAAUCCUUCCAGCCCUUCCAUCUAUCCCCUGAUACCGCAGAGGCUUCAUCAGCUCCGCCCCCCUCACUUUUGGCAAAACUUUUCUUUUGUGACAGCUUUUGAGACCUCCCAUGCAUCUGUAAGUUUUCUCAUCUCUAGUGCAAAGUUGAAGUUUACAAACAGGUUCUCCCAUUGGAAAAAAAGCAAUGUAGUAAAUUUAUGUAGAGACGAGACCAUAAUUUAUUAAGAGGCUACAGGAAGCCAUUCAGGAAGCCAUUUAAUAAUGCCCUUGCACAGCAUGAAGCAAAGCUAAUUAUGAUUUUAUUAAGAAACAUCUGUAACCUCUUUUUCUUAAACUGGUUUAGCAAUAAGAGCUUUGUAAUGUGUUUCAGCUGAGAAUUUAUUGUAGGCAUCUACAUUAUGUAAACGUCCUUGGACACCUUGACCGUGGAGAGGAACUCUGGGGUGCUGGCUUGUGGCAGAGUUAUUUGAGAGUCCUGAUCUUUAUAAUAGAGCAAACUUGAUUAUGGUGACACUCUUUGGAAACCAGCUUACCAGCAAAUGGAUUACUUGGUGUUUUCCAAAGUACAACAUCCAAAGACUUGACCCUCCACUUUUCUAGCCCAGACUUCAAACAACCUCUACUCACUUUGAUGAUAAAGAACACCUUUUUUGGAAGAUAUUUUGGAUAGCAAUGAAGAGUUGAAGGCAGCUGCUGAAGGCUGGCUUGUUUGCUUUGAAAAUGUUUGCACUUGACUUUAAGCAGCAGCCGGUUUUAAGAGCAGAUUCUGUACCCAAGACCAAAAACAAUGAGAAAUAUUUCUAAAUCUCGAAAGACUUACAAAUACAAUACCUCUGGCUGAAAACUCGUUAAACAUCAUCUGCAUAUUUUCUUUCUGUAAUGAAGUGUACGUUAUGGUUACUUACUACUCUUUAGUUAAUGAGGCCUGAACAUAUAGAUAUAAAUAAAAAGUACUAUAUAUUUUCUGUUUCUUACUUGGUUUGUUUCUAGUAUCAUUAUGUCUAAUUUUUCCUAAGAAAUUUUUUGUGUAGCUAAUAUUGGCUUGUAAGUAGGAUAAGUUAUAAGUUUCUUGGAAUUAAAAUGUGCAAUAAUGAUAUUAAACAUAGAUUUUAUUUGAAAAAUCUACUUGAAACCUGUAGUAAAUGUGAUAGUUAUAGUGAUAUAUACAGCUUUUUUUCUGAGGGUAUAUAACAAUUGUCAUAAAGAAUUUUGGAAGUUUUUCAAAGUACACUUAACUUUUUGAGAACAUACCUUCUAAUUUAUUUCUUUAAGUCAGCACAACUUUUAUUUACAUAGUGGAAGACUAUAUCAUUUAUAAAUCAGUGUUACUGAAACUUAUCAGUAAUUUUGUAGCUGUUUAGUAUUUAUUUUGGUUUCUUAUGUUUUAUUUGGAAGGAUAAUGAAUGUCUUGAGGCAUUUUCAUUAACAUUUUCAAAUGUUUGAAUACUUUGUGUGACGUUUUAAAGCAUAUGCCAAUUCUCAGCAAUAAUCCACAUGUCAUACCAGGUCGGCAUAUUUUGUCAUGAUAAUUUAGUAUUAAUUUUUAAAAUAUAAGCAUCCUAUCAAUCCAUACCCCGCCCCCCCCCCCCCAUGAAAACUGAAAGUUUCUUGUGCCAGAACACACUGUGUGGUACAAAACUUUGCAUUUUGUGAAAAAAAGAAUUAAUAAAAUCACAAUGACCUAGUG